UGGUACAUGAGGAUUCAUGUAACUCGAUACAUACACACGUACUUGGAUUGAUAUUUGAAUAGGUGAGGGGCACGCUGAGAAUCGUUUUGAAAUCUGGCCCUCCUCUGCGUCACACAUACUGACAUGCUGCGGGGCGGCGAUCCCUCCAGGACAGAAGCCAGCUAAAAGGUGACUUGAAUCCAAGCCUCAGUGGCCACAGACAGGUCUGAGAAUAGAGCCGGACAUGACUGGAAUAGUUUCCACAAUGCAGAGAUGCAUUACAUACAGUAGUGCUGUAUGUACUGAACUGCCAAGUCAGUACUGGACAAAAUGUAAGAGGACAAUACAGAGACAUAACAAUAAAAUGUUUUUUUCUUCACAGUCAGGUACAGAAUUAGAGAAGAAGUAGCACCCAAGUUAAAUGUUGCUGUAAAUGAUCUUGAAAUCUGCACUAUAGGCAAGUCUUUAAGAACAAAACCACAAUAAUAAGCUGAUUGGUCAGGAGAGUGGAGAGGGUGGGGCAUACAACGUGACAUAGUAACCGAGGUAGUAUAAAUAGGGUCCUGUGCAUGAUUCCCCCACGGGUGAAAGGAUGACUGACACAACAGGCAACAACGUGCUGCUCUUGGCAGUUUAGUCCCAACCAAACCACUGAGGAUAAUAUUCCCAUCAUUCAACACCAGACUAUCAGUAUGGAGGUGUCCAGUACAACUGUCCUGCCCAUGGUCGGCCUCGGGUCCAUGGCCCACUCAGCUGGACUUGCGGAGAUUGCUGUCAGACUGUGCUUGAACCAAAGUAAACAGCUCUGUCCUCAUGUUUGGGUUCCCAUCCUGAAGCCCCUGCGCCCUUGCAUCCGCCCCUCAAUUUCAGAUCAGCUAUCCUCUGACGUCUUGAGCCGAGCCUAUCUGACCAACCCCUUCCCAUCUUCCUUGGAGGACUGGGACGAUGAUGAUGAUGUUUUGCUCCCAAUCAAGAACAAACGUGUGAUUUUCGCUGACUCGUGCGGAUUGUCCCUAACAGCCGUGCGGGUGUUUUCUGAUGAAGAGGAGCAGCCUGACCUUGACCUCCUGCCAUCGCUGCAGGGAUUGGGAAGCAUGACAGAGGAUGGCUACAGCUGCACCGUCAGCACCUGCUGCCCAGGAACGAGCCUCAAACUGGGCUUCCCGCAGCCUUCUGCAGAUUUCCAGGCCUUUCGUGCCAAGCUGGCAGAGAGCAUGGUUACCCUGGAGAACUGCAGCCUUACAGAACAGAUCGUCCAAGGUACCGUCCGAGUCAGGAACAUCAGUUUCCAGAAGGAUGUGCGUAUACGUAUCACGUUUGACUCGUGGCAGAGUUACAGAGACGUGCCCUGUACGUACGUGCAGAAACGCUUCGGAGGGCCUCAGACAGAUAUCUUUGAAUUUGAAGUAGCCAUUCCUAAAGUCCUAGAUGCCAAAAGGAAGAUAGAAUUCUGUUUAAGUUAUUUACCAGGAGGGCACAGCGAGCCGUUUUGGGACAAUAACAGCGGACAGAAUUACAGCAUUGCUGUGUGUGUGAGCUCACACCUCUGUCGCGGGAAGAAUCCAAGUGAAAGGGCAUGACUUACUCAAGCUGGAAAUGAUCCAG